CCCCCGUCCUAGCAACACCCUAGCAACGCGGGAGCCUGGGCCUUGGCCUUGGGGGCUCACAGCCCAGCCCAGCCUGCGAGAUGUCGCGGCCUUUCCUGUGCACCGGCCGCCGCCUCCUCCUCCUCACCUUGUCCCGCUCCCUGAGUUAUCGCCAAGGCCAGAGCCCGGAGCCCAGGAUCCGGGAGUAUUUCUACUACAUCGAUCAUCAGGGACAGCUCUUCCUUGAUGACACAAGGGUGAAAAAUUUCAUCACUUGCUUUAAAGAUAAACAAUUCCUCGUUUUCUUCUUCAAGCAACUGAGGAAGAACUCCACUGGCCGCUACCAGGAAUUCCCCUAUGUGUCGCUGUGCGGUCGGGAGCGGAACUUUGUUCGCUGUGAUGACCUGCCUGUCGUGUUCACACACCUGAUUAAAGGAAUGGGAUCGGAGGAGGAGCUGCUGUCCUACUGCGGGGGCGGCGACAAGUUGGCCGUGAGGUUUGAGCCCGAGAGGCUGUUCAUGCCGGAGAACGGGCGAGUCUAUCACCCGGCCCCAGAGAGGUCAGGUAGCGUGGGGCUGGUCAAGUCUUCCCUGGCCUUCGAGUUUAGUCCUCACUUUGAAUACGCUGCUGGCAGCCCAGAGAGCAGUCCACCAUCCCACUUUCACUGGAAUGGUCAACGUUUCCAAUUGACUAAUGAACUUGCCUCGUUCAUCCAGAAUGAAGAGCCCACUUAGAAGUGAGUCAGCCUUUAUGCUGCCAGGAUGGGGAUGGGAGGUGUCACGAAUAUCUGAUGAGGGUCAUGUUGUAAUGUUGGAAAUACAAUAUAUUGUAAUUACUAAUCCUGCCACCCAGUGCAACUCAGGCACUUCCAACUGAAAAGAUCUGUAACAAUUAAAUCUGCUGUCUUGGGAAAUUGUGUGUUUCUACGACCUGGUACGAAUACAAUCACUGCCAACCCCUCACCUCCCAAUGGGGCACCUCCUGACUGAUGCUUUGACAUCAGAGUGCACGACUUGUCUUUCUCACUCGCCAAUAACGGGCCCAGAAACACUGCUUUCUCAUUAACUGGCAAGUGAUUAUUCAGUGAACACUUAUAUAAAAAUAUUUUCUUUCCCCCUGCCCUGUGCCUUCUGUAUGGUUUGUAUUUGGAGCGAUUCCAUCAUUUUGCCAGAGUGAGUGAGGGCUCGACAGAGAGGGAAAUUAGAUAUGUGAAAUGGUUUUCUAAACUGACCCCACCACCAAUGUACUCAGUGCAGCUGAAUAGCAGAGCAAAGCCCUAUGGUGAAUACUGCAGCAGUGACGGGUCUUGCUGAUUCUUAAUGUUUGACCAUGCAGUUCAGUGGCAGGGUGAAACUAGCACGGUUUAACAGGUUGACAGGUUUACACUGAUGUGGGCACAGACCAGGGAUUGAACUUGGGAUCUUCUGGGUGUCUACGACAUGGUGUGACAUUCUAAUUCCCAACACCAAAUUAUUCGAAGAGUUUGUCUGAUCGUUGAGUGCAGAACCAUCUCGCACUCGGCAUUGCAGACAUGGAUUUGCUAUGAACUAGAGGGGGGGUGCACGUUUCUAUCUCGCUGUGGACUUCCAGUCAUGAUUUUUGUUCACCGAUCAUGCUGUCUGUUCAAGUGCCAACUGAAGUCAGUUACUGAGGAAGAGUGCUCAUCCAUGUAGCAAGCGGGAAAUAUAAGUGUUUUCUUGCAUGGUUGUCUGUUCAGACAAUGCUGUUUAAUGCUUCAUUCCAUCAGUGCAAUAAAAGAAAGCAUUUUAUUAUU